ACACACUUAAAUUAAUUUUCUCUCUAUUUUUUUCUGCCCGAGAUGUCGUCUCUACUAAGGGAGGAGAUGGACAGAGUCUUGUUCAGACCGGAGGGACAGACACUGAAGGAGUUUAUAGAAAUCGAGGAACAACAGCAAGGACGACAUUUUCUCUGCGUUUCCAUAUCGAAGGAUAAAGAAGCUCAGAUCUCAGUGGUCAUGUGCCGGAGAGUUAAGCAUUCAAGAACCAAGAAACUGCAGCACAGCGGGCUGGAAGACAGUUAUGAAAGAACAGAGACCUGGGCCCUGACAGAUCUGCUGAUUUUGGAUGGUAGAGAUCCAGAUACCGAUGAUCCCUGUUUCUUGAUGCAUUUCAACUCGGUGCGGCCCAUCAGAGCAGUGAGCUGUGCGGCCAAAUACACCCUGGCCCGCUGUCUGCUGUCCUUGAGCAGGAAGUAUCACCACACUGCAUUGAAGCUUAAGAACUUUGACUGGACUUACAUUCAGCCCACCGCAAUGUAUUCAGACCGCGGUGACUGUGUUGUCCUCACGCAGGUCUGUUUCUAUGCCUUUAACUUGGUGUGUCUUUCCAUGUGUCCGGUCCCUCUGGCAUAGAGAAAGCAGAGACAUUUGAAUGAGUCUAAUUUCUUUCAAAUUGCCUUUAAAAAUGUUAUGUUGACAAAAAGUGUAUAAAAAAAGCCCAAGGGAGUGUACAAAACUAUGCUUUGUGUUUUGAGCACUUAGCCAAGCUCCGAGCACUCAGACCUACAGCAACUGUAACAUAACUCCACAGUGUGGGUGAAAUCCAAUUUAGCCUUGUGCAAAUGUAGCGUAAAAGACUGUUUUUGAUGUGUAAUUAUGCCGUGACUUGAAUUUUGAGAAUGUAUAUUUGUUAUUAAUGCAAUGUU